AUGUCUGAGGUGCAAAGCGCAACCAUGGAAUACGGUCCCGAAAUAUUUGCCAAUAAUUUUUGGGGUAAGGACGAAGCUGGGUAUGAGGUUCUCACUGCGCGCCUAAAACAAGCAAAACGAACAUGUGAGGAAAUCAAGGCCAUGUAUCAUGAAAGAGCAAUGAUAGAAGAAGAGUAUGCAAAAAGAUUAUCAAGACUUUCCAAGUUUCCUCUGGGAAAAGAUGAAACUGGCGCGCUAAGGGAUGCCCUAGAGGUGACAAGAUUGGAAAUGGAAGAAAGCGCAAAAUCACACAUGAACCUUUCACAAAAAAUGAGAACCGGGCUUGAACAAAAUUUGUCAGAUUUCAUUACAAAACAAAAAGAGAAGAGAAAAUCGCAACAAGCAGUUGCGGAAAGGAGUCUCCGGAAUAAGCAAGGACAUGCUACACUAAUGCAAAAGGCAAAAGAAAAGUAUGAGGCAGAGUGUAUAAAAAUAACAGGAUUGUUAUCAUCUCGGGUUUCGGUAAUAGGAAAGGAGUUGGAAAAGCUUAAUAUGAAGAUCGAGAAAACUCAAAUGUCUGCAAGAACUGCUGACCAGGAAUAUAUGCAAAUGGUCAAGACGUUGGCUGAAGCUACAGAAAAAUGGAACUAUGACUGGAGGGUGUCAUGUGAUAAAUUCCAAGAUAUAGAAGAAGAACGAAUUGAUUAUUUGAAGAGAUCUCUGUGGGAUUAUACAAACCAUAUAUCUACUGUAUGCGUAGCUGAUGAUGAGUCUUGUGAGCGAAUCCGAGUUUCUUUGGAGAAAUGUGACGUGAAUGAAGAGAUUUUUAUCUUUAUCAAAGAACGCGCAACUGGACCAGAAAUCCCAGAACCACCGACGUACGUGAAUUUUUAUGCGGAUCAAAAGGAAGGCGGCUCUCGUUUUAAGAGGGCCUCUUUUGAUAAAUUCACAACAUAUGCGGAUCGCAGAAUCGAAGAAACAGAAUUAGAGGUUGCCCAGGAUAUAGCACCUAAUCAACAACCGCCAGAAAACAACGGCAUCAGAUACCCUCACAGUACACAUGCAUUAUAUAAUUAUCUUCCCGAGGAAAGUAUUUCGCAUUAUAUUAAUAAGAUGUCUGAAAGGGCGUCAUUGUAUGCCAAUACUUCAUCAGCUUCGCGGCCUGGUACAAUUAAGCAACAUCACCCAAGAAUAGCUGAUGAGCCAAUAGAAGAAGAACAGGGAGAACCUAUUGACCCUCGGCAAAAACAGAUGCUUUCUAUUGGUUCUAAUGUUCUGGAAGUACAAACAGGUGUUGAAAAUACGAGCGAUAGUGUGGAAGGUGCGGAUAACACCAUUGAAAAAGCUAUCGAUAAACUUGAAGAAGUGGCAAUUCAAGAAACGGUGUCUCGAGAAGCAGUAGUUCAAGAAACGGUGUCUCGAGAAGCAGUAGUUCAAGAAACGGUGUCUCGAGAGGCAGUAGUUCAAGAAACGACCGUGUCACCUCCAAUAAGCGACAUAGCACACAACGAAUCAGAACAAACAGCCAAGGUGACAAAGAACUCAGAUAGUGAUUCCGAGAAGUUAGAUCCUCAUUCAUUGGUUAAACCUUUGCCAAUGAUACCUGACGAACAGAGUUCUCAACAGGUUGAUUCAUCUAAUAAUUUAAAUCUUGAAGAAUCGAAAUCGGAACCGUUGCCUGUUCCUCAGCAGAACGUCCAACCAACAGAAUCGAAUUCGGUACAAUUGCAACAAAUAUCUCAAGCUAAUUCAUCGUCCCCUGCUGUAUUCCAACAAAGAUUUGAUCAACGUUCGGCAUCGACUUAUUCGUCAUAUCAACAAUUGCCAGUUGCGCCUUCGGUAGUAUCUUCUACCCAAAGUUUAAAACCACAGCCUGUAGAGGGCCCAGGAGACUUACGACGCCAGUCAUCCACGGAUAAUGGCCCAGUAUCAUCGCAGCAACAACAAAUUCAAGAAAAUCUUGCGAUGAGACAGAGUUCCAUAUCACUCAGACUACCGAAUCCGCAAGGUCCCGGUGAUUUAAGACGGACGUCAAGUAAUUCUAGUGAACUGUCCCUGCGACAAUUUCAACUAAUGUCCACUCAAUACAAUUCACCAACUAUUGUUGGACAGCAGGAACAAACCAUUCCAUUUUUAAAUCAACAAAGAAAUUCUCCAAAUCCUCAACUAGGUUCACUAGCAAAUAUUAACAAUUCGAUUGGUAUCAAUCUUGACCCUGACGGUCGAGUAGUAAAAGAUGUUCUUGCCGAAGAAUACGUGGCCAAUGAUGGAAAACUUCCAUCAAUUAACUAUAAUCAGCCGCAACAACGUCCACCACCACCGAACAAACCAGUUUAUAAUAGUUAUGUACCUUUACAAAAUAAUCCUACCAAUUACCCGGUAGGACAGGUUCGACCCAUCGGGCGGCCACCAAUUAUGGGCGGCUAUACGACUUCUCCAAUGAAUGUCCCACCCCAAUCAUCUUUUCGUGGUGCACCAAAUAUAACAAGAAGUAACACUAUUAACUCGGGAAAUAUGAGACCUCACAGUCCUUACUCUUUUGAUCCACAUAAUCGACGAACUACCUUGCAUGGACCAGUCAACCCUCAACAGUUUCCAUCACAGCAACCUUCCGAUUUCAAAAAUCCGAAUUUUUAUACAAACCCAACGGUCCCACCUUCUGAAUAUCGCCCAAUGCCAAAUCUAUACGCCUCAAAUUCCAUGCGAAAUCCUCAUACUACUAGAGAACAAAAAGUUCAGCGUACGGAUGAUGGAAGGGCCAUUCGAUUUUACGUGAGAACUUUGUACGAUUACGUGACUACACAGCCCGAUGAAAUUUCAUUUACGGCAGGUGACAUAAUAGCCGUAUUGAAUACAAGUGCUGAUGGCUGGUGGGAGGGAGAAAUAUUAGAUGAAAGGAGAAAAGACAGGGGUAUUUUUCCAUGCAACUAUACCGAGGUAUUAAAUGAUUGGAUUUCAUAG